AUGAUUGCUCUCCAAUCUGCACGUCCAGCCACAGCCUCGAGGCCGCCUGCAAAGCCGCUAUCCAGAAACUCGCCCGUUCGCUCUACCGCCAAACACCAUCUCGAACCCAACCCAUUCGAAGAAAUCACUCCCACCACGCUUUCCUCCCUCACCAACGUCAACCCCACCACAGCUAUCGACCCCAACGCUCCCACUCCCGCCGCCGGCUCUUCCUUGUCCACCCAACCCCAACACUUUGCCGCCAAGCCUACCGACGCACAAAACGCGUUUGACCUCGCCUUUAGCCGCUCCUUCCCCAACGACCGCUCCGAUGCCAAGCUCACCGGUUCCAAGCUCAAAGCUCACGUCAAUGCUACCGACUCGGAUCGCAGCGUCUCACACAGCAUCAGCCCGCAGAUGGUACACAAACCCUUGGAUGCUCCCAACGGCGGCGAUCAGCAGAACGCCGCCUCGGGUCUCUUUCUCUUGAGUCGAGCGCAUAAGGAAAUGUCGAAACGCGACGCCGCCUCCACGUCGCUCUACGACUCUAAGCCCUCGUCGAAAAAGUCGACCAGCGCCAAGAACGCCCCGGACGCCAAACCUACCUCCAAACCUACCGCCAAUAAACGCAAAAAGUCAAAUUCCACCGACGACGACGCAGCUGCCACAGCCCAAGCAUCCACAUCGACCAACGCACCACCCGCCAAAGCUGCCAAGACGGCCAAAGGCGGUAAAAAAGCAGCGGCAGCGGCGGCAGCAGCAGCAGCAGCUGAUGCUAGCAAGGAUGCUUCUACAAGAGCCAAUGGCGGUGGAUCACUCAAGUCGGAUAACGGGGCGGAUGACGACGAUCAGCACUGGGACAGCGAUGACGAAAACGGUGAAGGAAGGGGCAACAUGGACGAGAAGCGCAAAAACUUUUUGGAGAGGAAUCGGCAAGCAGCGCUCAAGUGUCGUCAACGCAAGAAAGCCUGGUUGGCAUCGCUGCAGGCCAAGGUCGAGUAUCUGCAAAACGACAACGAAAAUCUUCAGAACACGGUGGGCGCGCUAAGAAACGAGAACAUGUUUCUCAAGAGUCAACUGGUGCAGGCUACCGGAGGCGCUCCGCUACCCAACAUACCGAUGGGGUUGGCUAUGGGCAUGCCCAUGGCUCCGCCGCCGCAUGGCGUAGAUGCGCAGCACCAUUCAAUGGCGCCGGCGCCUAUGGGCAUUCCGACGAGCAUGGCGCCGCACCCGGCCUACUUGCAUCCGGGUGUCAGCCAGGCGCCUGGCGGUGCAUAUCCUCCGGCGCGCGCACCACCGCCUGGCUUUGAUCCUCGACAAGCGGGCCCCACCGGUCGACCUCGAUCAGAAUCCGACGCGCUGGCAUCCAACGAGUCGUCCAUGCCCGGCCUCAAGCACGAACGAGAGUGGAGCGCUGCUUCCGCCACCGACACGACCAACAAGCACACCAGCGCCGCCUCGGGCGCUGCGACCAUCAAGGUCUAG